AUGACUGGGAACCACCUGACGUUGGCAGUUCGGCGUGCCGGGCGCUCCAUCGCGGCACCCUGCAGAUAUGUCAGAACGACACGACAUCUAGCCACCGUGUCGCCUGCGAAUCUGACCACUCGAAGUCACAAGGUGGUUGUCGUGGGAGCAGGAAGUGGCGGUCUAGCCAUCAGCCACCAGCUCCUGCGAUCCGGUAAAUUCGCUGCCCACGACAUUGCUGUCAUCGACCCUGCAACAUGGCACCACUACCAGCCCGGCUGGACCUUGGUGGGCGGCGGCCUGAAAACCAAGGAAGAACUGCAACAACCACUGCACGGCCUGAUCGACCCGAAGCUCAAGUUCUACAGUGACAGAGUGGGCGCCUUCUCUCCCGACGACAACUCCGUCACACUAGCCAACGGCGACAAAGUCGAGUACGACCAGCUUGUCGUGUGCCCGGGCAUGCACAUCGACUAUAACAGCAUCAAGGGCCUGCCUGAGGCGCUCGCCGACCCGACCUCCCUCGUCUCAUCCAUCUACGGCUACGACACCUGCGACAAGGUGUUCCGCACGAUCCAGAGCCUGCAGCGCGGGGUCGCCAUCUUCAGCCAACCUGCUGGAGUGAUCAAAUGCGCCGGCGCGCCCCAGAAGAUCAUGUGGCUCGCCCUCGACCACUGGAGGCGAACAGGCCUAUACGACACGACCGACCCGUCGACCUCGCCUAUCAGGAUCAUCUUUGCGACGGGCCUUCCCACCAUGUUUGGCGUCCCGAAAUAUAGUCUCAAGCUGGACGAACUGCGCAGGGAGCGCGGCGUGGAGGGAUUGUUCCAGCACGACCUCGUCUCCAUCGACGGCGGCAACACUGCGACCUUCGCACGCCGGGACGGCACAGACAAAGUCACGCGGCAAUUCGAUCUCCUGCACGCGGUGCCCAAGAUGGGACCUCACGCCUUUGUCAAGAACAGUCCGCUCGCAAAUCAGGCCGGGUAUGUCGACGUCGACGACGCCACGCUGCGCCACAAGAAAUACCCCAACGUGUGGUCCGCGGGCGAUGCCUCCAGUUUGCCUACCUCGAAGACCGUCGCGGCCAUCACGUCGCAAGCGCCGGUCCUUGUGCGGAACUUACUACAGUCGCUCGAAGGUGAGGGGGGGUCCAUACCAGGAGAGCAACAGCAAGCUACCUACGAUGGAUACACGUCGUGUCCGCUGUUGACUGGGGAGCAGAAAGUCAUGCUCGCGGAGUUCAAGUAUGGUGGGGAGCCCAAGGAGACGUUUGGCGCCUGGUUUGGCGUUGACCAGGCUGUCCCGCGACGGGCGUUUUACCAUUUGAAGAAGGACUUUUUCCCCUGGGUCUACUCGCGGUAUAUGGUUAAGGGGACCUGGGGUGGGCCGAAAGGGUGGAUUAAUUAA